AUGGCGGCCCGCGUAAGAUGGAGUUUUCUACAGUUGAUUCGGUCACGAAAUACAUCACAUUUUAGGUUUGAGUUUCAAAAUUUUCUAUUAAAUUAACAGUUCUGCUUAGGUAUACCAACUUAAUGAACGCCUUGCUGUGAUUUCAGCACGAUUGGCUGCCAAUGUCGUUAGGAAAUAAGCUAAGGUUGACCAUACUAGCUAACGACGUUACAGUAGCUAAAUGCUAACUGCCACAUCGUCGAUGUCAAACCUAGUCCUAGCCUAAUCCCAUCAUCAUGUUGCGCAGCUGAAAUGUCCCACAUUUUAUAAAUCAUAAAGUUCAGUCUGCAAUCACGGUGGGCCAUGAAGUAUAACAAGAACUCUGUUUACCUGGGUCUUCUGUAGUUAGCUAGCUAAACCCAUCAGCAUCUUGAUUGAGUGAAUAGCUAACUUUUUGAGUACCUAGCGAACGACGUUAGCUAGCUAAUGUAUCUAUCUAAAACUAUUCCCAGUUUUGUUUUGCAGUCUGGUCAUUGAGGCAUCGACUAGUCAGUGUCACCGCACAACCAUAGGUAUCUAGCUGAUUUAUCGUUUCUUUGCUUUUUGACAGUCUCAAGUUAGAUUUUGCAAGGCCAACCGAAGUAACAGGUUUGGAAGGAUAAACCCACUCUGUUUAAGGAAUGUCCGACCAUCUAAAUACAUGACAUGUACUGUCUGUUAUAGGUUUCCAAUUAAGAUGAGAAACCAGUUCCACACACAAUGUAUUGGCCAUAACUUCAGAAAAGUUCCAAUUCUGCCUCUGACUGGAUCCACACAGUCUGCAGGUGAGAAACCGUCCUUUUUGAUCUCAUUCACAUUUACUAACUAGAAGAACGACAUUCAAAGGGUACAGUUGUCAUGUUUUCUGUAGUAUAUACAGAGUAGGCCUACUAGCUAGUGGAACUACAGGUAACUGCCAAAAUAAAGGAAACACUUGCUUAAAUGUGGGAUGCAAAGUAUAUUGAAAGCAGGUGCAUCCACACAAGUGUGGUGCAGGAGUUAUUCUCUUUGUGUGAAUUUCUGGCAGACUAGACGCUGUGUUGCGUAUUGCUGCCUUUCGCAGGUCGGAGGCCAGAUUGCACAUUUUGGUCCCCCCCAAAAAAUGGGAAGUGGAAACUCUUAAAUUGCACUCUCUAACCCUGCACCUAUACACUAUACCCAAAAACCCAUCACAUUUUUACAUUACAUUUUAGUCAUUUAGCAGACGCUCUUAUCCAGAGCGACAGAGCGACUUAUUUUUCAUACUGGCCCCCCGUGGGAAACGAACCCACAACCGUGGCGUUGCAAACGCCAUGCUCUACCAACUGAGCUACAUCCCUGCCGGCCAUUCCCUCCCCUACCCCGGACGACGCUGGGCCAAUUGUGCGCCGCCCCAUGGGUCUCCCGGUCGCGGCCGGCUAUGACAGAGCCUGGAUUCGAACCAGGAUCUCUAGUGGCCUUAGACCACUGCGCCACUCGGGAGAUCACCCUAUCCCAUCCCACUACUUUGGCCCUAAUAUCCGGCCUGGGAGGAUGGAACCCCUUUUCUCAAAACUCCCUGUAGAUCUUCUGCACUAAAAUCUCUCUCACCCAAAUAUUUUUCUGUGGCUGCAACUACCACAUCUAUGUUCUGUGAUUUCCACUCCAUCAGUGCAGUGCAGUUGAUCACCAUGGCUAUAAACGCAAGAAAUCCAACCUUACUAAAAAAAACAUCCUCUCUGGCUCUCCCUUCAGGCCUACUCACCUUUGGACUGUCCUCUAGUCCAGGGGUGUCAAACUCAUUUUAGCUCAGGGGCCACAUGGAGGAAAAUCUAUUCCCAAGUGGGCCGGACCGGAAAAAUCAUGGUAUAUAUAACUUAAAAACAACAACUUCAGAUUGUUUUCUUUGUUUUAAUACGAUCAACAUACAACAUAAAGCUGGAGCCUGAGGACAGUGUGUCCAAAAUAGUACAAGCACAACAUCACUAUUAAUCAUAAAACACGUCAAGUUUAUUUGAAAAUUCUAAAUAAAAAGAACACACAAACACACAAUGCCUCAGUGAUUAACAGAACUGUUUCACAGAUCACAGAACUAUAUCAGGGUGUCAUUUCUCAGGCAGAAAUGUAGAUACAAAUAAUGAAAUCCUGUUCCCCAAACAAGUGCAAGAACCACAGAGUCAAGAAUAGGUUAAAUAUACAAAUAAAAUAAAAACAAUUAAAAACAAUAGCACAUCAACAUAAAAACAUAUAAACAUAAAGCUGGAGCCUGAGGACAGUGUCCAAAAGCACAACAUCACUAUUAAUCAUAAAACACCUCAAGUUAUUUGAAAGUUCUGAGGACAAAGAACACACAAACACACAAUGCCUCAGUGAUUCACAGAAGUAUAUCACAGAUCACAGAACUAUAUCAGGGUGUCAUUUCUCAGGCAGAAAUGUAGAUAAAAAUAAUGAAAUCCUGUUCCCCAAACAAGUGCAAGAACCACAGAGUCAAGAAUAGGUUAAAUAUACAAAUAAAAUAAAUUAAAAACAAUAGCACAUCAUGUGGUCCUCUGUAGCUCAAUUGGUAGAGCAUGGCACUUGUAACGCCAGGGUAGUGGGUUCGAUCCCCGGGACCACCCAUACGUAAAAAUGUAUGCACACAUGACUGUAAGUCGCUUUGGAUAAAAGCGUCUGCUAAAUGGCAUAUUAUUUAUUAUUAUUAUAAAAACAUAUAAACAUAAAUCUGAAAGCGUUGCUCAAACUCCCGUAACAGUCCCGUUAUUUUAUCUUUGAACUGCUUCAUGUCUACCACAUGUUGGGUCGCGCACAAAUUUUUCAGACAGGGGAAGUGAGCUGCAUCACCACCGGCAAGUUGCGUCUCCCACAAUGACAGCUUCAACUUGAAAGAACGUAUGCUGUCAUAAUAAUGCGUGACAACUUUGUUGCGCCCUUGCAGCUGUUUGUUCAAGUUAUUCAGGUGCUCUGUAACAUCCACCAUAAAUGCAAGGUCCUGCAUCCAUUCUGCGGAAUGAAAUUCUAACACUGGUUUGCCCUUUUCUUCCAUGAACUGUUCAAUUUCUUCUCAUAAAUCAAAGAAACGCCUCAGCACAGCACCUCGGCUUAACCAUCUUACCUCAGUGUGGUAUGGCAGGCCAUAGAUGUGGUCUUUCUCUCUGAGAAGGCUGUCAAACUUUUGGUGAUUCAGGCUUCUGGAUCGGAUGAAAUUAACAGUUUGGAUGACCACCUUCAUGACGUUAUCCAUCUUUAAUGACUUGCAACACAAAGCCUCCUGGUGCAAAAUACAGUGAAAAGUCAAAAAAUCACGUCCUCCAUUUGCAGAUUGCACUUUCUCUCUGAACUUUGUCACAACGCCUGCUUUUUUCCCUAUCAUUGAGGGCGCACCAUCUGUAGCCAGGCUGACAGCGCGGGACCAGUCCACUCCGACCCUGUCCAGCGCGCCGACGAGUGCGGUAAAAAUAUCAGCUGCUGUUGUUGUAUCUGUCAUCGGCACCAACUCCACGAACUCCUCGGUGACGGUCAAUGUGUCAUCAACUCCGCGGAUGAAAAUGGCCAAUUGUGCAACAUCUGUAAUGUCCGUGCUUUCAUCAAUUGCAACCGAAAACGCAAUAAAUGACUUUACUUUUUGCUUCAACUGGCUGUCCAAAUCCACUGAAAGAUCGGAAAUCCUGUCUGCAACUGUGUUUCUUGUCAGGCUGAUAUUUGCAAAAGCCUGCCGCUUUUCAGGGCAUACAAUCUCCGCUGCCUUCAUCAUGCAUGUUUUUACAAAUUCACCCUCACUAAAUGGUUUUGAAGCCACUGCGAUUUCAUUAGCAAUGAGGUAGCUAGCUUUCACUGCAGCGUCACUGAUGUCUCGGCUGUGAGUAAACACAGACUGCUGUUUCUUCAGACCCGCCAACAGUUCAUUCACCUUCUCUCAUCUCCGCUGUCCUUGAAAGUUGUCAUAUUUGUCGGCAUGAAGACUCACAUAGUGGCGACGAAGGUUAUAUUCUUUCAGCACUGCAACAUGCUCUGAACACACCAAACAUACAGCUUUCCCAUUCAAUUCCGUGAAGAAAUAGGAUGACCAUUUUUCUUGGAACACUCUGCACUCUGCGUCCACUUUUCUCUUUUUUGACAGAGACAUAUUGGGGCAAUGAGGGUGCCAAAGCACAUCAUGUUAAAAGUAGAAGCCGUAAUAAAUAUCGCGGACAAAACAAAGUAGCUCAUUGGCUGCACGUGCUUGACCUACUUGCUCUGCCCCGGUAUAAACAGCUGGUAGAGCACGGCGCUUGUAACCCCAAGGUAGUGGGUUCGAUCCCCGGGACCACCCAUACACAAAAAUGUAUGCAGGCAUGACUGUAAGUCGCUUUGGAUAAAAGCGUCUGCUAAAUGGCAUAUUAUUAUUAUUUAUUAUUAUAAACAGUUUGCUUGCUUAACACAAUUGCUAUUGCGCCAUCCAGUGGACGCAAUUGGAACAGCAGUUUAUUUUAUUGAAAAAUUGCAGCGCAUUUUUAUACUUUACAAAAUUAUUAUUAUUAUUUUUUUUUUAUUUUUUAUUUUUUUAAUAAAAAUCAUCUCGCGGGCCGGAUUACACCCGUUUGCGGGCCUGAACCGGCCCGCGGGCCAGACGUUUGACACCCCUGCUCUAGUCUCUUCACUGCCUCACUCAAACUCAACUGGUCUCACUUCGGCUCCCCAGCUGCAAGGGCGCCCCCACAGUUGACACAGUGCUUUCUUUAUCCCAACUUUACACUACCACUGACUAUGCCCUCCUGCACAUUUCCCACAUUGUGGGAUCUCCUUUCUACACACUGCUGCAACAUGUCUGAAUCCUUGGUACCUAAAGCACCAUAGCGGGUUCGGAACAUAGGCCCUCACAGAAUAGCAAAUAUAACCUAACCUGACCUUAUCAGGUAGAAACUCUCUGUCAAAGCUCAACGAGACAGACAGGGCAUUCUCAGUUUCAUUGCUCAACGCUAUCCCCCGGUCAUCCCUUUGAGCAUGAUACAGGUUAAGCCCCGAGACACGUGAUGCACAGUGCCUGCUGCCUCUGGGCAGAGGAUGCAGAAAAAAUCUAAACAAUUCCACUUUUCGAAACUUUCAAAGAUGUAACCGCUCCCAGUUUGUCCUUUAUCGAGCAUGAAACAAUGUACGGUUUGGGCAAAAAGCAGGAAUCCACCUUUUCCAAAAAAUCUCACUCCUACCGGUCCAAAAUCAUCUCUGAUAGGACUCCCAUGGCAAACACUGAAAGUAUCUACCACACCUGUAGCCGCAGGUACUUCAUCCUGGUCUGGCUCAACUUCAGAGCACUCACUACUGCCGACUGAUGUUCUCAAGAGCGCAAGUAGAUUUAUAGGUAAUUGUACUUGGUUUGUAUUCAGAAGAAGAAGGUGGGAACUCAGGAGACAAAGGAUUGAACAAAGGUUUGUAAUCAGGAGACGUAGGUCUGUACUUAGUGUCAUUUUUACGCGUUUGUGUCAUCACAUCCUGGUUCCCGAGUUAAUUAAGCAAUUAACAUCCCAUCAUGCUUAGGGUCAUGUAUAAAAAUGCCCAGUUGCCCAUCAUUUUGGCUACCAUGGCUAGAAGAAGAGAUCUCGGUGCCUUUGAAAGUGGGGUCUCAAUGGAGCAUAGGGGGAUUAACGGGGGUGUGUGUGUCUCAGUCACCAGAUCUCAACCCAAUUGAACAGUUAUGGGAGAUUCUGGAGCAGCGCCUGAGAAAGCGUUCUCUACCACCACCAUCAACAAAACACCAAAUGAUGGAAUUUCUCAUGGAAGAAUGGUGUCGCAUCCCUCCAAUAGAGUUCCAGACACUUGUAGAAUCUAUGCCAAGGCCCGUGGUGGCCCAACGCUCUAUUAAGACACUUUGUUGGUGUUUCCUUUAUUUUGGCAGUUACCUGUAGCUAUAUGCUCUAAUGAUUGCGGUUACAGUUGUAUUGAUAACAAUAUAGAUUUAUUGAUGUAUAAUGUAUUGAGUGUCCAGGAGGACAAAUUAUGGGAAUAGGAUAGGUUGACUCUUUUAAUUUUGUAAGUAUUUUUUUUACUGUAGGGAUUACUGUUGUUUUCUUGUGUUUUGUCUAUAUUGUGUCUAUUCCAUCGGGGACCACGUUGGAAACAAGUGGAAUCGCUUUAAUGUGUUAUUCCCUGGGUUGUACUCAGUGCAUCUUUUCCCCAAUCAAUCAAUCAAUCAUUCCAUUGUGUUUCAGUGCGACACUUGUCAAUUCAGACACAGGACACUCCAAACCCCCGGAGCUUGAAGUUCCUCCCUGGUAAGCCUGUGUUGGGGGCGGGGACCCUGGACUUCCCCUCUCCAAGCUCUGCAGAGUGCUCCUCCUUAGCCAGGUUAGUACUGUUGUUGGUUAACAGGGCAAAUUGUGUUGCAAUAUUUGCCUUUUUAGGAGCAAUUGGAAAUAUGAACAAUGAGCAGUAACCAUGACAAAACCAGACAGUAUGAAUGAACUCAGGUUUUCCAACGUGAAUCACAAAUUGUUCUCAAAACAUCAGCUUGUUUGAUUUUCAGAGUGUGUGAGAACCAGUGACAUUUGUACAUGAACUGCUGUAGGAGAACUUGAACCGAAGAUAAUAAUUUGUGCUCUAGGAACGUAUUUUUUAGAGGUUUACUGUACUGACUAGCGUAAGUUACAGUUUUGUGCAUGCCUCAAGUAAAAAUCAAUAGCAAAGUGCAAUGUGCUUCUCCACUGUUUGUUGACCCCCUUUGGUUUCCAUAGGAACCUGUUUGAAAUCGAAGGAGUGAAAAGUGUGUUCUAUGGCCCUGACUUCAUCACAGUGACCAAGGUACCCAAUAAGUAAAGUUUAAACCUUCAUUUACCAACCCUAUCCAUUUACUCUGGGAUAUGGUGUGCAUUUAGACCAUGAUGACUGAAUGGAUCAUGUCACAAAUACAAUUUAACAUUUUCUGAUUCAAUUCAUGGGCUAUGUUCCAAUUUUCGACAUUCUCCCAAAUUGUGCACUUGCACAAUCCUUGUCAUUGAUUUAAAAACAUAGGAUUGGUAUAAGCAUUGGCAAGAGUGAGUUUUCACCAUUGCUAAAUCCAUGCAAGAAAGUGUGCAAGUGCACACUUCGGGAGAAGGGUGGGGAAUCGGGACAAAGCCAUGUUGAUUUACUAACAGGCCUUUGCAUGUUUUGUCUUGCCCUUGCCAGGCAGAUGACGAUGUGGAGUGGACAGACAUCAAGCACCAUGUCAUGGAUGCCAUCACUAAGUUCUUUGACAGUGGAGACCCCAUAACCACGGGGGUGACCCACCAUGAGAGCAGUGAGUAUGACAGGAACAACACUCUUCUUCAUAUGGGUGUUGAGGGUCAAUCUUCCCACGGGGGGCCAGUAUAAAAAAAUAUGUAUUCACUAACUGUAAGUCGCUCUGGAUAAGAGCGUCUGCUAAAUGACUAAAAUAAAAAAAUAAAAUAAAAAAAUAAUCUGUACUGUACUGUCAUCUUGAUAAAUCGCAUACAUAUAAUGAAAAUGUUUUUUUUUGUAUUAUGAAUUUAAGACUUCACCAUGCUGUUCCUGUCUUAGGUCACUCUGAAGAUGAUGAUGAAAUUGUUUCAAUGAUUAAGGAGCUUCUAGAUACACGGAUCAGGUAAAGUUUCAGUGGGGUCUGAAAUUAUUGACACUGUUGAUAAAGAUAAGCAAAAAUGACUGUACAAAAUAAAUAAUUAUAAUAUUGAGCCAUGUAUGCAAAAACAAAAGGGAACUUAUAUUAUUUUGUACUAAUACAACUGCUCAGAGAAAGAGAUUUUGUUUAAAAAGUAAUCAUUGUUUUUCUCAAAAAAACAGGGGCCAAAUUUAUUGACACCCUUGUUUUCAAUACCUUUCAAGGAUAAUGGCAUUGAGCGAUUUGAGAACCCAUUGGGAGGGAUCUUGGACCAUUCCUCCAUACAGAAUCUUUCCAGAUCCUUGAUAUCCUUCAUCUGCGCUUAUGGACUGCUCUCUUCAAUUCAAACCACAGGUUUUCACUAGGAUGGCCAUUGCAAAAUGUUGAUAUUGUGGUCAAUUAAACAUUUUAGUGGAUUUCGAUGUGCUCUGGGUUAUUAUCUUGCUGGAAGAUCCACUUGUGCCCAAGUUGCAGCCUCCUGGCAGAGGCAACCAGGUUUUUGGCUAAAAUGUCCUGGUACUGGGUAAAGUUCAUGAUGCCGUUGACCUUAACAAGGGCCCCAUGGCCCUCCCGAGUGGGGUCAGCAUCGCAGUGUUGCAGCGUCACUACAGCCUGGGGUUCGAUCCCAGGCUGUGUCAUUAUCGGCUGUGACCGGGAGUCCCAUAGGGCGGCGCACAAUUGGCCCAGCGUCGUCCGGGUUAGGGGAGGGUUUGGCCAUAAGGGCUUUACUUGGCUCAUCGCGCUCUAGUGACUCCUUUUGGCGGGCCGGGUGCCUGCAGGCUGACUUCGGUCGUCAGUUGAACGGUGUUUCCUCUGACACAUUGGUGCAGCAGGCUUCUGGGUUAAGCGAGCGGGUGUUAAGAAGCUCGGUUUGUCGGAGGACGCAUGACUCGACCUUCACCUCUUCCGAGCCUGUUGGGGAGUUGCAGCGAUGAGACAAGACCGUAAUCACAAAAUUGGGGAGAAAAAUAAAGGCCCCAGGACCAGUGGAAGCAAAAUAACCCCAUAACAUCAAAUAUCCACCACCAUAUGCAUCUUUCUUUCGACGCAAUACCCACAACUUGUGUACGUAGCCAAAGAGCUCUAUUUUCAUGUCAUCCAACCAAAGUAAAUGCCUGGAGUUUGCUAAACAACAUUGGCACUUGGAUUGGAACCGGUGCUAUGGUCAGAUUACACGAAAAUAGAGCUAUUUGGCCAUGCACACCAGUGGUGGGUUUUGCGUUAAAAGAAAGAUGCAUAUGGUGGUGGAUCUUUGAUGUUACAGGGUUAUUUUGCUUCCACUGGUCCUGGGGCCCUUGUUAAAGGUAGAUUCAGCGAUUAUAACAUAGAUGCAGAACGUAAACAGCAUAGUGGGUCAUGCUGUGAACAGUGUGAAGCGAACCCAUAUCAAGGGUGCCAAUAAUUUCGGACCUGAAUGUAUAUAGUGAUUUCGGUCAUAAUCAUAAAAGAUCAUGAGAUUUUAAUCCCACCCCUAGCUACUCUCAGCCCAUUCCACCUAUCUCCGUAGACCACCCUCAGGCAGAUUGUUUGGGCACUGAAGUUGUUCCACAACCAAAUUAUAGAAGUGAUGUUGAUAUGAAAUAAAGACUAUAGUAAUAUUAUCUUCAAGGACAGCUCAGUACAAAUUCUCCCAUCCCCUUCCCCCUCUUAAACCUCUCCUCUUCUUCCUCCUUCCUCCCCUCCAUUCUUCUCUCCCUCCUAGUUUUUAAUAACAAUUGUAAUAAUACCUGUUAUGUUGUUCAAUGACAAAUACACUAACCUAAUAAACCCUCCCAUCUCCCACAGGCCCACAGUGAUGGAGGAUGGCGGUGAUAUAAUAUUUAAGGGCUUUGAGAACGGCACGGUAAAGCUGAAGCUGGUUGGCUCGUGCACCGGCUGCCCCAGCUCCACUGACACCCUGAAGAAUGGCAUCCAGAACAUGCUGCAGUUCUACAUCCCGGAGGUGGAUGACGUGGAACAG